GGCAAUGCUCACUUAUUUCACAUAAAAAAAACCAAAACCAUGAAAUGUCACAAAAAUCUUUAAUGCGGUUGAAAAUUGUAGGGAAAAUUUACUAAGGAAACAACAAUGGAUAAUAUUCCUCGAACACACGAAGAUAUCGAAGCCCAGAUCAAAGAUUUGCAAACCAAAAAGAAAGACAUCCAAUUGACAAAUGCCGAAGGAGUAGCAUUGCUAGACAGCGGUGGGUUCUUCGACACCGAGCUGUACGAUGAUACGCAGAAGGCUGGGAAGGGGCGUUAUGAGGGCUAUAAUACAUCGAUCGCUGCCAAUGAUGAAGCCGACGAGGAUGAGGACGAUGGAUUCCCUGUUCCGCAAAAGCGAACCACCUACACAGCGCCAAAGUCUGUCAUCAAGGAAGUUACACAGGGCAAAGAAGAUUUCGACCCAAUGGCUGAUCGUCGUCGGCCAACCAUCGCCGACCGGGAAGACGAAUAUAGACAAAAGAGACGUCGCAUAUUGAUUUCUCCGGAGCGAGCAGAUCCCUUUGCUGAUGGUGGCAAAACUCCAGAUGUCGGCUCCAGAACUUACACGGAUAUUAUGCGAGAGCAGUUGUUGAAAGGCGAGGAAAAUGAACUUCGUAAGAAAAUAAUUGAAAAAUCCAAAGAUGGCUCAUUGAAGGCAGUGAACGGCGAUGGAACCAAACAGCCAGAGCAAAGAAAACGUGGUCGUUGGGAUCAGACAGUGAGCGAGAGUUUUGUGCCAGCUAAAGUUGCAGCAACCUCUGCCGCCACAACUCCGAGCAGCGCUGCUACACCCAAUUGGGAAGACAAAACCCCUGCAGAUCACCGAUGGGAUGAAACUCCUGGUCAUAAGGGUAGUGAAACACCAGGAGCAACUCCAGGAUUGAGUACUCGAAUGUGGGAAGCUACACCUGCGCAUCCAAUGACCCCAGGUCACGAGACACCAGGCAAUGAGAAAUCGGCUAGACGUAAUCGUUGGGAUGAAACUCCAAAGACCGAACGUGAAACCCCCGGCCAUAGUGGGUGGGCAGAAACCCCUAAGCCCGACCGUGGGCCAAGUGACAAUGUUGUGAUCGAAUCAACCCCAGGAGCAUCGAAGCGUCGCAGUCGUUGGGAUGAGACCCCCUCGAACGCUACUCCCUCAAUGACACCAUCCGCAAUGACCCCCAACAUGACGCCCACAAUGACUCCGCAUGCAACUCCUGGUCAUGCUACGCCCAUGCUCACACCAGGAGGAUCGACUCCCAUUGGAGUGAAAGCCAUGGCGAUGGCGACUCCUACACCGGGUGCUCUUGCCGCAAUGACGCCCGAACAACUCCAAGCCUAUCGCUGGGAGAAGGAAAUCGACGAGAGGAAUCGACCAUUCACAGACGAAGAACUGGACUCUAUGUUCCCUCCGGGUUACAAAAUUCUACCCCCUCCAGCGGGAUACAUUCCACUUCGGACCCCCGGACGCAAGUUAAUGGCAACCCCAACACCCAUUGCCGGAACACCAGCUGGUUUCUUUAUUCAAGUUGAGGAUAAAAACGCCAAGUUUAUGGACAACCAACCGAAGGGACAGAAUUUGCCAUUCAUGAAACCCGAAGACGCACAGUAUUUCGACAAACUGCUAGUUGAUGUUGACGAAGAUGCCCUCAGUCCCGAGGAACUGAAGGAAAGAAAAAUCAUGAAACUUCUCUUGACCAUCAAAAAUGGAACACCUCCGAUGCGUAAAUCCGCCCUACGUCAAAUCACAGACAAAGCUAGGGAAUUCGGAGCAGGGCCGCUUUUCAAUCAAAUCCUCCCGCUGCUUAUGAGUCCCACAUUGGAAGAUCAGGAGCGUCAUCUUCUGGUGAAAGUCAUCGACAGAGUUCUCUAUAAAUUGGACGAUUUGGUACGUCCCUAUGUGCAUAAGAUUCUCGUAGUCAUUGAACCUCUGCUUAUCGACGAAGAUUACUACGCUCGUGUGGAAGGUCGUGAGAUCAUUUCCAAUUUGGCUAAGGCCGCCGGUUUGGCGACUAUGAUCUCUACAAUGAGACCUGACAUUGACAACAUCGACGAAUAUGUGCGUAAUACAACGGCUCGUGCUUUUGCAGUCGUUGCAUCAGCUUUGGGUAUUCCCUCGCUGUUGCCGUUCUUGAAAGCUGUCUGCAAGAGUAAAAAAUCCUGGCAGGCCCGGCACACAGGUAUUAAGAUCGUGCAGCAAAUUGCCAUUCUCAUGGGUUGCGCCAUCCUUCCCCAUCUCAAGGCAUUGGUGGAGAUUAUCGAACACGGUUUGGUGGACGAGCAGCAGAAGGUACGAACUAUUACUGCCUUGGCUAUCGCUGCUCUGGCUGAGGCCGCAACUCCUUACGGUAUCGAGUCCUUCGAUUCGGUGCUGAAGCCCUUGUGGAAGGGUAUCCGUACACACAGAGGAAAGGGUUUGGCUGCGUUCCUCAAGGCCAUUGGUUAUCUGAUUCCGUUGAUGGACGCCGAAUACGCCAAUUACUAUACCCGAGAAGUGAUGUUGAUCCUGAUUCGUGAGUUCCAGUCGCCCGAUGAGGAGAUGAAGAAAAUCGUGUUGAAAGUCGUGAAGCAGUGUUGCGCCACCGAUGGUGUGGAGGCGCAGUACAUCAAGGAGGAAAUUCUGCCGCACUUUUUCAAGUUCUUCUGGAACCAUCGUAUGGCUUUGGAUCGUCGCAACUAUCGCCAAUUGGUGGAUACCACCGUUGAGAUCGCCAACAAAGUGGGAGCCUCGGAGAUUAUCAAUCGCGUGGUUGAUGAUUUGAAGGACGAGAACGAACAGUACCGAAAGAUGGUCAUGGAGACUAUCGAGAAGAUUAUGGGCAACCUGGGAGCUGCUGAUAUUGAUUCGCGCCUGGAGGAACAGCUUAUUGAUGGUAUUUUGUAUGCGUUCCAGGAACAAACAACGGAGGAUGUGGUUAUGCUGAACGGUUUCGGAACAAUAGUCAAUCAGCUGGGAAAGAGGGUGAAGCCGUAUUUGCCUCAGAUUUGCGGUACAAUUCUUUGGCGUUUGAACAACAAGUCGGCGAAAGUUCGUCAACAGGCUGCUGAUUUGAUUUCGAGGAUAGCCGUAGUGAUGAAGACUUGUCAAGAGGAAAAGCUUAUGGGUCAUUUGGGAGUGGUGCUGUACGAGUAUCUGGGUGAGGAAUAUCCAGAGGUGUUGGGUUCGAUUCUGGGAGCUCUGAAAGCCAUCGUCAACGUAAUUGGAAUGACCAAAAUGACACCACCCAUCAAAGACUUGCUGCCUCGCCUGACGCCCAUUCUGAAGAAUCGACACGAAAAGGUCCAGGAGAAUUGUAUAGACCUUGUGGGUCGUAUUGCCGAUCGUGGUCCGGAGUACGUUUCGGCCAGAGAAUGGAUGCGUAUUUGUUUCGAGUUACUGGAAUUGCUGAAGGCUCACAAAAAGGCCAUUCGACGAGCUACGGUCAACACAUUUGGUUACAUUGCCAAGGCCAUCGGUCCACACGAUGUGCUGGCGACGUUGCUAAACAAUUUGAAAGUACAAGAACGUCAAAAUCGUGUUUGUACAACUGUGGCCAUUGCAAUUGUGGCUGAGACUUGUCGGCCAUUUACAGUUCUGCCCGCCUUGAUGAACGAAUACCGUGUUCCCGAGUUGAAUGUGCAGAAUGGUGUCCUCAAGUCGCUCUCCUUCCUGUUUGAAUACAUCGGAGAGAUGGGUAAGGAUUACAUCUACGCCGUUUGCCCGCUCCUCGAAGAUGCCCUUAUGGACAGAGAUUUGGUUCACAGACAGACGGCAUGCGCCGCAAUCAAACACAUGGCUCUCGGUGUGUAUGGGUUUGGGUGUGAAGACGCGUUGAUUCAUCUGCUAAACUACGUAUGGCCGAAUAUCUUUGAAACUUCCCCGCAUUUAGUUCAAGCCUUUAUGGAUGCUGUAGAAGGUCUUAGAGUGUCGUUGGGGCCCAUAAAGAUUCUGCAAUACACUCUACAGGGACUUUUCCAUCCUGCACGGAAAGUUCGUGAUGUCUAUUGGAAAAUUUACAACUCACUUUACAUUGGCGGACAAGAUGCGCUGAUUGCCGGCUAUCCCAGAAUAUCGAAUGAUCCAAAGAAUCAGUAUGAGCGUUAUGAACUAGAUUAUAAGCUGUAAGAAAGAUGCUUAGUAUUUGUCAGUAGAAAUAAUUCAGUUUGCGAGCGAUUUCAAUAAAGGAAAUAAUAAUUUAGAUGAGAAUGAAA